CUGUGACAUUACAUACCGACAUGACUGGGGCAGAAGAUCUGAACUAUCCAAAGCAACUGCUUGAAUAUAAAGAUGGGUUCAUGGUCUCGAAGGUGAGAAGGGAAUCAAUAAUUGUGUACUUGUAUGAAUUUUUAAGUGCGUGUAUGUGAAUAUACAUAAAUUCCUGGGACAAAUAACUGAUGUCUAAGUGUUUGUCUGACACUUUUGUAUUAAUGUUACCUACUCAUUUAGACGUGGCCUACUCGUUUAGCUUAAAUUCUAUGCUUAUGUAUGUUUAAAGAAGGUUUCUUCCAUUAAAAUAAGCAUCACGAUUAGGCAGGCAUUCAAAGUGACUAGUCAUAUCAAGCUAUUACUGUGUUUGACAAUGUGCUGGGCUAUAUUUAUUCAAUUGUGUUUUUUUACCAGACACUGCCUGUAACUUAGGCCUUUAUUAAUUUUUCUAUUCGUUUGGGGUCUCGUUCUCUUGGAUCAGAGAAAUAAGAUGUAGCUCAGUGAAGAUCUCUGCGUUGCAGGGGUGUGGAUUCCCAGUUAGUUUCAGACAUAAUCUGGGCUUGUUAUUAGUAUUCCCUAUUUCAACAGAUCUGCUGUACUUUCUGUUUUGUUAAUUAUCAGACAUUUAAAACAAGAAGGCCAUUAUUAAAUAUUUGCUUUCUUUUGCUCACAGACAAUGUUUACAGCAUGUGAACUCGGAGUCUUUGAUUUAUUGCAUGAGUCAAGUGAGCGUUUAUCUACAGCAGAUAUUGCCUCUCGUUUGGAGAUAAGCAUCGAUGGGGCCGAUCGUCUUUUGAGUGCUUGUGUGGGUCUAAAACUCUUGAAAGUAGAAAUGAUAAAUGGAAAUGGUAACAUAUUUCUGAAUUAUUUUAGUUUGCAUUUUUUCAACACACAUAAUUUUAUUAGAGCUUUUUACAGUAAAAUAUCUUCUUGCAGAAAAUAUUACCUUUAUUAAACAUGCUCAAACAAUGCAAGGCAUUAGGUCCCUCGUAGAUAAAAUGUUCUAUAAAUUCAUAAUAAAUAUACUGUGUUGAUAAAUUGUACUACACAUUAGAUUAUAUAAAUAAAAUAAUGAAUUAUGAAGAACCUACUAAAACUACUUUUUUUCACUCUGAUAAAAAAAAAAUCUGAUUAUAUUUUCAGUUGUAACGUCAAUAACAAACCCUAGUCUUCAGCUACCAAAUAACUACAUAUUUUAUCUUAACCAGAUCACUUAAUCUCAAUUAAGUGGUCUGGAGCAGGAUCCCUGUCCUCUUAACCCUGUGAUGCAAAGUAACGGAAAGUACAUACAAGGCCAUAAGUAAUAGGAAGUACAGAGAGAAAAAAUAACUGGGUUAUAAGUGAUAAAACACUGACAGCCUACAUACCAAACCUCUCCCUUUUCAACUAACUAAAAUUAACAGGAUUGUAAAGAGUCAAAAGUACAUAAUGUGCAGUGAAGUUCAUCAGUGCGUGUGACCUUGUGUCUCCUUCACAUUCAUUUGAUUGUCUACAUACCCUACUUAGGGAUUUAUUUAUAAUUUUAAGGUGAUAGGAGAACAAUACACUACAGUUUCACAAUGGUGAUUUAAACCACAUAUGUAGUGUUUCUCUUCUCUCUUCCUCUCUAAUACACGUCUUUCUACAUAGGGAUCUUCUUACCAGACACGACUAUUUCAUUUGUAUGAUAUUAGUCCACUUUUUUUCUUUUGUUUACAAAUACUAGGGUUAAGUCAUCGUGACAGUGAGAUUUUAGCUGAAUGAAGCAUUAUAUAUACAAUUCUUUGAUACUUGUUACCAUAUAAACUAUUCCAAUCUCUUUCCUGCCCUAAAUUUAAUUUGUUACUUUCUUCAUAUAGAAUUAACCUGUGGAAUUAUCAUUUUUGAUAGGUUUAUAGUUGGCUGAUCACAUAGACAGCAUGUGAUUAAAGCUUAGUAGGGUCUCACCACACAUUGAUAAAUUGUAUCACUAAAUGCACAAUGCUACUUAGUUGCUUUAUCUUAUAUACGUCUUUCUAUGUAGGGAUCUUCUUAUAACUAGGCAGGAUUCAUUUGGAUGACAUUGGUCCACUUUUUUCUUUUUCUUUUGUUAAUAUAUAUAUAUAUAUAUAUAUAUAUAAUAUUUUUUUUUUUUUACACUGCUCCUCCUCUUAUUUCCUCUAUUACCUCUUCUCACUUAAAUGAGCACUAUAGUCACCAGAACAACUAUAGUUUAUUGUAUUUAUUCUGGUGACUAUAAUCAUUCCAUACAGGCUUUUUUAAGUAAACCCUGUCUUUUUAGAGAAAAUGCAGUGUUUACAUUAUAGGCUAGGGAUACCACCACUGGCCACUCCUCAGAUGGCUAGUAGAUUUGCUUCCUGGGACAGUGCUGCAAACUGUGCAGCACUGCCAUUCAGUGUCUCCACCAUCUGCAUGGAGACACUCAACUUUCCUCAUAGAGAUGUAUUGAUUCAAUUCAUCUCUAUGAGAAUAUGCUGGUUGACCAGGGCUGUGUUUGAAUUGUGCUGGCUCUGCCUCCUUGACAGUCUUAGUCAAUCCUAUGGGAAAGCAUUGUGGUUGGCUCGGAGAAUCACUUCUGAUGUCAGGCAGACAGAUCAGGGGCAGAGUCAGCAGCAGCAGACUUGACUAAACGUAAAAUUUUACUAUAUUUUAGGAGGCAAGGGAAGGGCCAGGAGAGCUAAAUGGUGGUUUUAACACAAUAAGGUCAGGAAUACAUGGUUGUGUCCCUAAUCCUGUAGUGUUUCUUUAAUCUAUGAACCAAUUGAUUUAAAAAAAUUGCUAUAAGUGUACCACAAAAUAUAUAAAUAAUUUAUAUCAUGUAUAUAUUUUGCAUUAUACUAAUUUUGGUCUUGUUUUAAUGUUUGCCAAUAAAACAGCCAUUAAGCAUUAUUAGUGCCAACAGCUGGUAGAUCAGCUAAAACAUACAGACAGGUUUUCCAUGGUCCAUAAUUUUCUGUCCAUCUAUACAUAACUCACAUCUAAUUCAGUGAUACCGACAUCUAGUUAACAUUUACUGUUUUGCAAAUUGGAUAAAAAGGCAUGUUUUACAUUAAUUGACAUAGCAAGGUCAUUAAAGGUCAAAUCUAACUACCUAAUAAAAAAAAAAAGCCUCUGUUAAAAUGCUUGUUAAUACUGAAUGCUAUUUGUAGGAAAGUUUAUUAUAUAACUUAAAUGACUCAUGUAUUUUUUUUUUUUUGCUUUCAAAGAGAUCUAUUCAAAUACAGAUCUUUCCAGUCUAUACCUCACAAAGUCAAGUCCAAAAACGCUUCACCACAUGAUGAUGUACUAUUCCAACACCCUGUAUACAUGUUGGAAUUUCUUACCAGAUGCUAUAAGGUACACUCUACAAUUAUAUAACAUUUUAAGAUACCUACCUGGUACCUUAUUGUUUAUUCUGUAAUAAGGUUUAGAAAGAUUAUCUUUUUAUAUAAUUAUCUUGUGGUUAAAAAGAAAGCCUAGUUUUGCAUUGUCAGAGCUAGAUUGCAAACCAAGUUGAAAACAGAUGGCUGUCAAUUGCUAUACAAAUAGUACAAAUAACAUGUUUAAAGAAUAUCAGGGAAACUCUGCAUGUUUACCUGUAAAUCUAAGAUAACCCGUAAUGGCUAUAAACCCCAGGAGCUUUGGUUUUCUUACCUAUCCGGUGCUCCACUUCUCGUGGACUGCCUGACAGCCCAGACAGCCCCCCUCUGGUGCAUUAGGCCCCACAAGGCCAUGUGGUCACUCUCACAGAGCAAUGCUUAGGCUGUCAGGCAGUCCCCCCAAUACUGUAGAAAGAAAAAAAUUAUAAUUAGUAAUGUGCAACACAUAAAUUAAUUUAUAUAUAUAUAUAUAUAUAUAUAUAUAUAUAUAUAUAUAUAUAUAUAUACACACACACAUAUACACAUAUAUAUAUAUAUUAUAAAAAUGCACUUAGAAUGAAAAUAUAAAUAUAUAUAUAUAUUAAAAGCAACUUGGCACUUCACCAACAAAAACAUAAAAUGAAAUAGGAAGUCCGCCUGGGUGCAAAUCCGCGUUCAAUAUAUGCAGAAAUAAGUUUUGGGGAGCACUCACAAGUCUUCAAAUCGGGCAAAUAUUGUUUUUAUUUUAUCUUCCAAAAUUCAGCUGUGUUACAAAUCAAAUCGACGUUUCAACCCAUUCAAGGUCUUUAUCAAGAUCCUUGAUAAAGACCUGAACGGGUCGAAACUUCGAUUUGAUUUGUAACACAGCUAAAUUUUGGAAGAUUAUAUAAAAACUCUUUGCACAAUUUGAAGACCUGUGAGUGCUCCCUAAAACUUAUAUAUAUAUGUAUAUAUAUAUAUAUAUAUAUAUAUAUAUAUAGUCGUGGCAGUCCCUAUAUGAGACCUCUAGUAAUGAAAAAGUUGGUAUAUAUAUAUAUAUGUAUGUGUUUAAAGGCCAAAGGUCUGUAUUUGUGGGAGGAGUUCAUGUUCCCAGUAUAAAAACCCACACCCACUACUUACUUUUGCCAUGCUGUUCAGUUCAUCCCACCCUUCUCCUUCAUUUUACCAGUAGGGGCUCUUUUAUUACAGGUCUACACUCACGUAGGUUUCAGCACACCACUACUGACUUUUUCCAUAAGUUGUGAUGGGGAAAAAAAUGUGGAUAAAAGCCCCUUCCACCUGAAAUAAGUGGAUAGUUAAUGCAUUGUUAAACACAAUUACACACACCAGGCAAGCCAUAAGACUUUCUUUUCCCACAGAAAUCUCACUUUUUACAGUGCGCUCACUAUUGCAAGGGAUUCUGGGUAGGCAUAUGCAAAUGAGCUUAUCAAAGAACCACAUGUUUGCUUCAUUAUUCCCCUUUAUACAUAGAUUCCUUGAAGUAUGUGUCUGCUGCAUUCAACAGCUUUGAAACACAACUCAGGAAGAGGUGCAAUGCCAGUAAACCACUCAUGGACAGCUGUUUUGUUGGUAUUUCAACUCAUCAGCAUGAGAUAGAUUACUGGCUUGCUAUGGAGACCUGGCGUUACUUGUUAAGUUAAGUAUAUACCAAAUAAGUUGUGGUGGGGAAAAAGGUGUGGAUGAAAUCCCCUUCCACCGGAAAUAAGUGUGUGUGUGUGUGUGUGUAUAUAUAUAUAUAUAUAUAUAUAUAUAUUUGCAUAAAUAAUUACAUAACUAUACACGUAUAAUUUGAAUAUAUAUGUAUAUAUAUAUAUAUAUAUAUAUAUAUAUAUAUAUAUAUACUUAAAUUCUACACAUGUAUUUACGUAUACAUUUUACACAAUUAUCUGAUUGUAUUAAUUAUAAUUUGAGAGAUAUGUCAGACAAACCGGGCAGAAAGUCCAGAUAAUUUAAUUUGCAAGCCCUAUAUUUAGCCCUGUAACUUUCCAAAACACCAUAAAACCUGUACAUGGGGGUACUGUUGUACUCAGGAUACUUCACUGAACACAAAUAUUAGUGUAUCAAAACAAUAAAACAUAUCACAACAAUGAUAUAAUUUGUGAAAGAGCAGUUUAUAUGAAAAAUGCAUAAAAUAAAUAUGAAUGCUAACAUUGGCUAGGGUUUGUGACUAAAUGGCCACUAAAAAAGAAAGGACAUAACCUAUCUUGAUUCCCCUGGGUUGUAUACUUUUUCAAAUGGUAUGCCAUGAUGGGGAUAAUUUUCAUUCUUGGGCUUAAAUAAAGUCUCAAAAAUGAUGGUUCAAAUAUGAAUAUUUGAUGUAGAAUGAAAAUCCUGUUUCUCCUGAACAAAAUUAUAUACAAUAAAUGUGGGUGCACUUAAUAUGAAAGAGGUAAAUUAUGGUUGAACAGACAUAUAGCUCAAAUUCCAGGUUUUGUUUCGAUUAGAACUUGUACAAUUUCCUCUGUCCUUAAAGGGACAUUAUAGUUACCCAGACCACUUCAGCUCAUUGAAAUAGUCUGGGUGCAGUGUCCCAUCACCCUUAAUACUGAGCAUGUAAUUAUUGCAGUUUUUUAAUAAACUGCAAUAAUUACCUGCUAGGGUUAACUCCUCCUCUAGAGGGACGUCCGGGUGGUUAGGUGACUUUUGAUCGCUUAAAUGACACUGGACGUCCUCCUGCUAUGCUAUUUUAAGAAAUAUUAUGUAAGAAUUCUCUUACUGACAAUUAACAUUUAAAAAAAAAAAUAUAGAAUCAAAAAUUGAGAUGGAAAACCACAUUUACAAUUUUUUUCUCUCCAACUAGGGACACCAAUUGGAAUAUUUUUUUAAGGGUUUUGAGAUUUAUUGUAAAUUCACUUUUUUUGUAUUAAUCUAAAAAAUUUAUAACAACAAAUUAAACAUGAACAAUCACGUUAUUGACGAAAUAUAGACUUGUCUUCCCUAUGAGUCAUGCUAGCGCUGUCUCUGACUCCUAAAGAACAAAUUGUUCAGAGUAAAACAACUUUUUUUUUUUUAAAUAUAAUAUAGAACAUGGCUAAACAUGCCAAAUAAUUAAUUUCAUUACAAUUUUAUUUAUUCUGGAUUUGAUCCUUUUUUUUACUAUCAUUCACAAGACAUGCCUAGGAUGGUAAUAAAUUACCAGUCAUAAUUAUGAAACAAGUUAGUUCAUAUUAUUUUAAAAGACAGUCUUCAUAAACAUACUUAUUCCAGAUUGCAUGACUAAUUUAAUAAUAACCUCUCUUUAUUUUUGCAGAGAAGGCAAAAACCAGCAUGAAAGGGCUUUUAAAAUAUCUACAAAAGACAUAUUUGAAGCUAUUUACAGGUAACAAACUAUUUAGUAGAUUUAUACACAUUUAAAUAAUUUGGUUCAUCUGAAUCAUUGUGUCUAAAAAAAAUAUAUAUAUAUAUAACAGGGUUAUUCACUAAAGUAAGAAUUCAAGGUGAAUUCUAAGUGAAUUUCAAAAUGGAGGUCAAAGUUGCCGAAUUGGAAAAAAUUCUUAAAAUCAGCUAUUUUCUAUUCUGAUACCUGAAUAUGAAAUUGUUUUUGAAUUCGCAAUUUAAUGAAGAAACCUGUUUAUUUUGGCUCAUCCAUUGGCCAUUUUGUUUGUUUGCUAUUUAGCAACACAAAUUUUUUUUUUUUUUAAAUGUGUAGCUAUUUUUCUUUGUAUCUUCCUCCAGCCACUUUGAGUGGAUCUUUCUCCCCCAGCCUAUUUGUGUGUAUUUUUGCAACCUGAAACCCUCUGUGUGUCUCUUUUCCCCAGCUCCUCUUUAUACCCCCCUCAGCCCUCUUCUGCGCACCUCUUUGUUCCCCCAGCCCAUUUGUCUCUUUGUGCCACCCCCAGCCUCUGUGUGUCUCUCUGUAGCCCCAGCUCUCUGCAGCCCUCCCCGUGCCUGCUCACCUUCCUCCAUGUAGCGUGGCCGAGUUGACCGCAUGUAGAGGAUCUCCUGUUUCCUCUACCCUUCUGACAGAAAGCAGUUCAUUGCACUCAGUAUCCUGUUAGGCCAGAAAGAGGAUACAGAUGAUGCUCUAUGCGCAGUCCGCUCGGCCAUGUACAUGAAGUGAACAGCAAGAGAGGAGCAAUGUGCACUCCCUCCAUACCGGUCACUCGGACAUUGCGCCCCCUGGGCCGAUGCGCCCUGGGCAGCCACCUAAUUUACUUAACAGUUGAGCCAGCCCUGAUAAUGGCAAGCUUAUUCAGUAAAAUCUGAAUUGCUCCAUACUGAAUAGGCCAGAAUUGUGUCCAGAUUUCAGUCUGUCCGGACACAGAUUUUAAAUGAUCAAAGUACUUGCAGCACUUGGUGAAUAUUUCAUUUUUUUUAUAAAUAUAUAAAAAUUUACAAUCAUGGGAAAAUAAAAGUAGGUUCCUUAGCAGAUCUUAAAACUAAAUACAAAAUACAGAAGUGAGAGCACAAAUACUUGCAUAAAUACCGCACGUAUAUGUUGAAUGUGGGAUCUGAAAAAAUGCAAAUAUAGACAGACCAUAGAGUCAGUGGCGUACAUACCGCGGUCACAGGGGUCGUAGCUGCGACCGGUACAAGGCCUGCUGCCACAUUUUGCGGCCCCAGACCGCACAGCAAACAGCCGGGCCGCAUAUGGAGGGGUCCAUCGGGUGGCCCAUGCUGUCAGGGCAACCCGAUGGAUAUGGAUUGUCAGGGGGCCCGGUCUGUGCUUGGCACUUUAAGAGCACGACCGGGCCCCCUGUGAUUACAUCAGAGCUGGGAGGAAGUGACUGCACGUCACUCCUCCCAGGUAUCAGAGGCCGCGCGGGAGGAAGGAGGAGGAGGGAGUCAGAGUGGGAACUCUGACUCCCAUCAGGCUGAGCCCCCACUGGACCCCAGGGAAAGUAACAAGAUAGGAAACAUUUUGUGUAUAUGUGUGUGUUUCUCUGUAUGUAUGUGUGUCUGUGUCUCUGUAUGUGUGUGUGUGUCUGUGUCUCUGUAUGUGUGUCUGUCUGUAUGUGUGUCUGUGUCUCUCUGUAUGUGUGUGUGUCUCUGUAUGUGUGUGUGUCUCUGUAUGUACGUGUGUCUAUGUAUACAGUGGCGUACACACAAUCCAUGGGGCCCCGUAUGUGUCUGUGUCUAUGUAUGUGUGUGUGUGUGUGUCUAUGUGUGUGUGUGCCUGUGUCUCUGUAUGUAUCUGUGUGUAUAUAUGUGUGUAUGUAUGUAUGUAUGUGUCAGGGGAGAUGGGGGCACGGAUCGGGGGAGAGAGGGGAGCAUGGAUCGGGGGAGAGAGGGGGGGCCCACGGAUCAGUUUCGCACCGGGGCCCCAUGGAUUGUGUGUACGCCACUGCAUAGAGUAGUAUAGUAUACACAGUAAUAGCUAAUAUACACUUGUUACCGGUUCAACUCACAUGGUUAUGAGCCACUUAAAAAAUGCUGACUCAGACUAGUAGCUUGCACAGGAGGAUACAGUGGAAGUAGUUGUGGUGUGUUAAACUUGUCCUUUACCAGCCUCUUUAGUGUUGAUCAUACACCAAAAUAUUCCAGGAUGCAGGAAAUAGGUGAUAAAAACAAUUAAUUUAUUGGUAAAGAUAAAAUAAAUAAACUCACAUAAAACUAGUAAGUCCACUGGGCGCGUUUCGGUUAACACCUUUCUCAAAAGUGGGUUGCUACCUUCCUCCUGCACAGUCUUAUUCUUUUAAACCCUCCAGUCAUGGCGCCCUUUUCAGACCUCUUUUGGAAAAUCACAGUUGGCACUUCCGCCUUCAUUAUUACUAUGCGUACAGUCGUCUUCUUUCUCCAUCACACGAACAUCUCGACGUCAUCCAGUAAUGACGACAUUACGUCCACAUCGGUUUCAAAGCUAUAGAGUCUUUGUAUGAGUGUUAGACUCUGCAGGCACAUCGGCGCCAUUUUUUCAGAGUCUUUUAGGGUAAAGCUUGCUACACAUAAGUAAAUUAACAUCUGAGGCAAUCUAACGCCAUCUUAUUGAAGAUUUCCAUUUAUAUAGUAAAUAUUACAAGAUUAUAGAUAUAUAUAACAGGUAAUGAAACCAAAUUCUUAAACAUGUUACGUAAAAAACUAUUAUAUUUGAGUCAUUCAUAUUCAGAUAUAGUCAGCAUUAGAGAUUUCUAAUAAAUAUACUAAAAAAAAUAUAUAAAAAGCAUUUUUGAUAUUGAUAUUGGGGUAUCAAAAUAAAAUAUAAAAACCUGUAUAAAGGUGAAAGUAUAACAAGGAUAAUUAGUACAUAUAAUAAAUAAAAGCAUACUUUAUUUACAUUAAUUUAUUUCAAAAUGGACAUUUAAGCCCUGAGGUAAUAAAGUGUCAACAUUAAAAACCCACUUCAUUUCUGCUUUACUGAGGAGGCUAUUAAUAUCACCUCCCUCCUUUUCAAUACCCAUAAAAUCUAAUCCAUUGGCAUUGCCCUUAUGAACCUCUAAAAAAUGUCUAGAUACGCUAUGUUGGUAAAAUUUCCUAUUAAUAUUAUAAAUAUGUUCCCUUAUGUGUAUUUUAAGGGCUCUUGUAGUCCUGCCUAUACUGAAAUCUGCAGUUGGGAUGGCCAGUUGGAAACCUAAGAGUGCCCCUGUAGCAACGCCUAUUUAGCAAGGCAGAGCAGGCACCUGCUUAUCCCAGAGGGCAGAUGCCUACUCUGCAGCAAUAUCCUGGACUCAGUGAGGAAGCGCUCACUCACACUCCCUCUAUGGUGAAGCCGGGAGCCGCAAUAUGACGUCACUCCGGCCCCACAUCACUAAACAGCGUGAGGGAGCAGGAAGAGCAUCGAAGACACUGAACCCCAGGGAGAGGACCCAUAAGGACUCCUAAAGGUAGCAGCAACAAACAUUAAAAUUAAUUUGUGUGUGUGCAAGAGUGUGUAUCUGUCAGUAAGUGUGUCUGUCAGUGUGUGUGUCUGUCAGUAAUGAAUUUGUGUCUGUCAGUGUGACUGCCAGUGUGUGUGUCUUUCAGUAAGGGUAUGUGUCUGUCAAUAAGUGUUUCUGAUAUUGAGUGUGUGUGUCUGUCAGUAAGUGUGUGUGUCAUUGAACACCAGAGCCACGACGGAGUGGGUAUUAUGAUCUGAAACAACAGGACAUGCGCUUCUUGCUAUUUACCACUAGACUGAGUGUGUUGUGUGUCUAUGUAUUAGACUUUUUGUGUCUUCUAAUGUUCAUGCCUCUGUGUUUUUAUGAAUGUUUGUAACUGUGUUAAUGCGUGUAUAUCUGUUACUGUGUUUUGGUGUGUCUGUGUCCAUGAUGAUGGGUGCCUGGGAUUAUUGUGAUGGUGUGUGUUAAUUUGUGUCUGACAAUGUUAUUCACUGAAACAAUUGUCAAGAAUUCAAUGUUUACAGUUUGACUAUUAUGUCAUCCACUUUGAAGUCCUGACAAUUCUCACUUUGUAAAUAACCCAGUAUGUAUGUAUGUAUGUGACUGUGUAUGCUAGUAUGUGCCUAUGUAUCUGACAGCGUGUGUCUGUGUAUCCAUGUGAGUAUGUGAAUAUGUGCAUGUCUAUGUAUACAUGAGAUAUGAUUGUAAGCUCAUUGAGCAGGUGUCAGGGCUUACCUGAGUUGGGAGUCCGGUAUGCAGAGAUAUGUGCUCACCCUUGCAAGUAAACACAGGCCAAGGUGGUCAGGUAAGAAUUCGCCUAGCCUGUGAGUCGGUGCACGGGUGCUGUGCAGGAUGAUGUACAGUUAUGGACAUAAGCAGGAGAAUCGUCGUGGGUAAGCCAAAGGUCUGAGGGUGCCAGAAGUCAGGAAAAACAAGGGUAAGCCAAAGUCAGAGGAAGCGGCCGGUGUCCAAUAACAUGCCUCAAGUGUCAGUCAUGCAGAUGCACAGCCACUGACCGCAAGGUGAGGAAGAAUAUGUUACAUUACCCCCCACCUGAAGACCGCCCACCGAGCAAGCAGGACCAGGUUUAAGAGUAAAUUUAGCAUGAAAAUAGCAAAUCUUGCGGCCAGCAUGUAUAUCAGAGGCUGAGACCCAAGAACGGUCAGCCAGCCCAUAAGCUUUCCAAUCCACUAAAUACUGCAAAGUGCCCCAAGAAAACCUGGAAUCAAUUAUGGAGGAGACCUCAUACUCCUCCUGUCCAGAAACCACCAAGGGAGGAGGAGGGACACUUGGGACAGUAUAUUUAUUGCAAAUAAGAGGUUUGAGUAAAGAUACAUGCAAAGUAUUAGGAAUUCUCAAGGAGGUCGGAAGGGCCAGAGAAUACGAAACAGGACCGAGUCUUUGAAGGAUAUGAAAAGGACCAAGGAACCUAGGAGCAAAUUUCAUGCUAGGGACUUCAAGCCUUAUGUUGCGUGAAGAUAACCACUUGGUAAACAGGAUUGGCACCCCACCGUUUAUCAGCAUAAUGCUUGAAACAGUCAGCAGCAGUCCCCAGGGCGGAGUGAACUUUUACCCAGGUAUUACGAAUGGAAGCAAGACAGUCAUCCACAGCAGGAAUAGCUGUCGGACAAAAAAUGGUCAGCAUUGUUCCUAGCAAACUCGGCCCAUGGUAGUAAUUCGGACCAAUUGUCUUGAGUGCUAAUAACGAAACAACGCAAAUAUAAUUCCAAAGACUGGUUAUCCCUCUCGGCCGUACCAUUAGUCUGGUGGUGGUAAGAGGAUGAAAAAGAUGAUUCAAUCCUUAAUUGCUUAUUGAAAGCCCUCCAAAACCAGGAAACAAACUGAGAACCUCUAUCAUACAAUAUUGUGAGGAAUGCCAUGCAGAUGGACAAUAUCAUGUAUAGAUCGCAAGAUCAACACCAGGCCUUGUGAUGACAGAAAUUUCUUGAGUGGGAUGAAAUGAGCCAUUUUAGAAAAAAGGUCAACAACCAUGAGAAUAAGUGGUAUAACCAUUAGAACUAGGAAGUUCGACAAUGAAAUCCAUGGACAAGUGGGAACAUGAAACAUCAAGAACGGGAAGAGGUUGUAACAAGCCACAAGGAAAUUAUGAGGUACUUUAGAAACUGCACAAACAGAACAGGCCUGCACAUACUCCUUAACAUCUUUCUUAAGGGAAUCCCACCAAAAUGAUCUCAUGAUCGCGGAUGUGGAUUUAUUAAUUCCUGGGUGUCCAGCAGUCACGUUAUGGAACACUUUCAUGACAUUUACCCUUUCACUCAAUGGAAAGAACAAUUUGUCUUGUGGUUUAUUGCAGGGCGCCUGAGACUGAGCCUCCAUGAUGGUGCCAAGCAGUGGAGAAGACAGGGAAAGGACAGUGGAAGCAAUGAUACAUUCAGGGGGAAUGAUAGGGGAUGUUUCUAGUUCCUGUGUAGACUCAGUAUCAAACUGUCUAGAUAAGGCGUCGGCCUUAACAUUUAGAACCAGGUCUAUAUGUUAUAAGAAAAUUAAAGUGAGAAAAGAACAGUGACCACCUAGCUUGUCUAGAAGAUAAACGCUUAGCAUCUCCUAUGUAAGCCAGGUUUUUUUGAUCUGUAAUGAUCAAAAGAGGGUCCUUGGAACCCUCCAAAACAUGUCGCCACUCCUUGAGAGCUAGAAUAAUGGCCAACAAUUCUCUAUUGCCAAUAUGAUAAUUGUGCUCAGCAGGGGACAACUGUCUAGAGAAGUAGCCACAAGGAUGCAAAUGAUUUUCUUGGCUCUCCCUCUUAAUGCCUCUGAGACAGCUCCUACCCCUGUCUCAGAGGCAUUAACCUCCAGUAUGAAAGGUUUACUGGUGUCAGGAUGUAUCAAUAUGUCCUCUAGAGGCAAACCUUUGAGAAUUUCAAAAGCUUCUACAGCCUCUUUAGACCAUAUCAUACUGCUGGCCCCCUUGCUUGUCAUAUUGGUGAUGGGGGCUAUUACUGAAGAAAACCCCUAAAUAAAUCUUCUGUAAUAACUGGCAAAACCAAUGAAUUUGAAUAGCCUUUAACCCAGUAGGUAGAGGCCACUGUAGAACAGACUCCAGUUUUUUAGCAUCCAUCUGAAACCCAGAGGCAGAAAUGUUAUAUCCCAAAAACUGUACUUCCGACUGAUCAAAGAUGCAUUUUUCCAAUUUACAAUAAAGGUUAUUUUUCAAUAAGGUUUGCAAAACUUGUUUAACAUGAUUGUGGUGAAUUUGAACGUCAGGAGAAUAAAUAAGGAUAUCAUCGAGAUAGACCGAGACAAAUGAGUAAAUAUAAUCCCUGAGUACGUCAUUAAUAAAAUCCUGGAAUACAGCUGGAGCGUUGCACAGCCCAAAUGGCAUCACCAGAUACUCAUAGUGGCCACUUCUGGUAUUAAAUGCUGUUUUCCACUAAUCAUUUUCCUUAAUUCUCACCAAAUUGUAAGCGCUUCUAAGGUCAAGCUUAGUAAAUAUUUUAGCGCUUUGGAGUCUGUCAAAUAACUCAGCAAUAAGGGGAAUGGGGUAUGUGUUCUUAAUGGUGAUUUUGUUCAAUGCCCUGUAAUCAAUACAUGAACGUAACUCACCAUCGUUUUUAGAUACAAAAAAGAAUCCUGCACCAGGCGAGGAUGAUUUGCGUAUGUGGCCUUUAUUCAAUGAGUGCUUAAUAUAUUCCUCCAUUAUUCUACUCUCCUGUGGGGACAGAGCAUAGACUGCUCUCUUAGGUGGCAUAGCGUUGGGUAGUAAGUUUAUGGAACAGUCAUACGGUCUGUGAGGAGGUAAGGUAUUAGACUGAGUUUUGCUGAAUACUUCCUUAAUGUCUCAGUAUUGUAUAGGAACUUCAGGGGUUUGAGGUGUAAUAGUGGGUAAUUCAAUGGUGCCCACUCUUUUGGUGACAUGCAAUAUGGACCUUUCAUCACAAUCCUGCUUGCUAUGCCAUGGAAAGCCUAAUAUGAUAGGACAAGAAGGAGAUGCAAUAACCUGAAAUGUUAUAUCUUCCUUAUGUAAGGCACCAAUAAAGAUAUUAAUGGAUAAGGUUUCGUGAGUAAUCAAUGGUUGUGAGAGUGGUCUCCCAUCUAUAGCUUCAACAGCUGGAGGUGAUAGUCUCUCCUUGAUAGGUAUAGCAUUGCCUUUAACAAAUUGAACAUCAAUGAAGUUUCCAGCAGCCCCUGAAUCGAUCAGGGAUUUGCUUGAAAAGUUAUUUUUGUCAAAGGUGGUCGAAAUAUCAAGAAGAAACACCUUUUUUAUUCUUUCCAGAGGACGUCUCCAUUACACCUAAGACCUGUCCCCUUAAGGUGCUUAGGUGCGGUAGUUUUCCGGACGUAUGGGACAAUUGCUUCUCAUGUGUCCUUUUUUUCCGCAGUAUCGACAUAGGUCUUCUUUUCUCCUAUAUUGUCUUUCUGCUUCCGACAGUCUAGUGACCCCCAACUGCAUGGGUUUGGGUUCAGACUGUACAGGAAUUUCAGAGACAAUAGGUCUGGAGAAAUGGGUUGCUAAAUGCAUACUCAUGUGUCUGGUCUUGUUUCUAGUAGCCUCUCUGGUUUUCAAUCUGUUAUCAAUCUGCAUGACAAAAGUGAUAAAUUCAUUAAGCUUUUUGGAUACGUUUUUGGCGGCAAUCUCAUCUAGCAUAGUUUCAGAUAGUCCCUUUUUAAAUGCAGAGAUUAACCCACUAUUAGUCCAGUCUACCUCGGAAGCUAGGGUACAAAAUUCUAUGACAUAUUCCGAGAUAGACCGGUUCCCUUGUCUGAUAUGCAUCAGGGCAGUAGAGGCGUCAUCCUCUCUGCCUAAAGGUUCAAACGUAAGUUUAAAUUCCGUAAGGAAUUCCUGGUAAUUGUGUGCCACACUCCUAUUACUCUCCCAUAAUGGAUUUGCCCAAGUUAAAGUUGAUUCAUCAGGUAACCAAUUUAAGCUCUGUCUGUGGGAAAAGAUCCCGGUGAGGCCUUAAAAUUAUACUCUAUUUGGUUAUGGAAUCCCCGGCAUUCUUGAAUAUUACCAUCAAAAUGCAGGGGAGGAGAUAGAGAGAUAGUAGGUGCCUUGUGUACUAUAGGUGGAGGUACACUAGGCGGAGGUGAGACAGUAGGAGAAGCCACAGGUUGCAGAUGGGCUAUUCGGAUGAGAAGCGUACUGAAGGCCUGGGCAAAUUGAUCCAUGCAGUGAUCAUUCUCCUCUAGUUUCCUUUCGCAAGCAGCUAUGUGCUGACACAAUUCUACAGGAUUACUAUAUGAUCUAGCACAUAGAAUUGUGUUACACAGAUGACUAAUAGGUAAAGUGUUGUUACCGGAGGAAUAACAGGAACAAACCGCAGAAGCCACACAUAGAGAUAUGGACACAAGUCUUCAGGAAGUAACAGGUCUUUUAUUUACACACCGAUCGGGUCUCAGAUGAACUCCUGUUCCAAAAAUAUCUGAGAGCAGAAAGCAUGGUGCAGAGGCCUUUUGUUAGCAGCAUAUCCCCUCCCAUACAGUAUAACCCCUCCUAUAUUCCUCAGGCCAAUCAGCACACAGGAUAUUCAGGAUCACCUUAUACGGGCAGACCACAUGGCAUUUACAGACAAAGGAAUGUACUAUCCACUUCCACACAUGCUCAGUAUACUGAUGACUCAUCCAACUGUUUGUAAUCAGAUACUAAUUAGCAUAUGCCAUGUGGAGAUUUCGGCCUACUAAAUUUUGACCAUGCUGGAAUCCCAUCACAGUAUUACCAGGCCUUAGAAUGGCCAGACUAUCGGACAAAAGAAUAGUCAGGGUGCACACAGAUAUGGACACAACAAUGAAGGAAAGCCAGAGGUCAGGGAUACCAGAAAUACAGGGAAAUCAAAAUCAAAGCCAAAGUCGAAAACCAGAAUAAACUUGAAUCAGGAACGCGCUCUCAGACAACCACUAGGGAAACCACGAUAGGGCAAUGAGGAAAGGCAAUUUUAGGCUUAAAUACCUGCUUUACCUUUCUGAUUGGCCGAGAUCGCUCUUUGACCCCAAAACGUGCAUGCGCGGCGUUUGUGACAUCACGUGCACGCCGACGUCGUUAAUCAUGUGAGCGAACGUGGGGGUAUAAUUAGCCGUGGAUCCACAGUGGACGGCGUCCAUUAACAUGCCGCAAGUGUCAGUCAUGCAAACGCAAGGCCGCUGACCGCAAGGUGAGGAAGAAUAUGUUACAGUGAGAAUGUGACUGGCUGUGUGUGUAUAUGUGUGUGUGUAUGUGACCAAUACAGUGCCCACAUGGCUGUGUGAAUGUGUGUGUGUUUUAUUGUGUGUUACUGUCUAGGUAUGCAUGUGGCUGUGUGUGUAAUUGUGUGUUUAUGUAUUUUGUGAUUUAGAACGCUGAGUGCUGGACUUACUUGUUUUGUGUACUACAUAUUUCUGGAGAUGUGGUCACCUCCUUAGUUUGGAGAACCACAUUUUCUUUGCUUAUGUUUUGCCUUUUAUAUUAUUCAAAUGAAAUGGAAUUCUGUGCCUGUGCAGUCCCUUUUAUUCUAUAUUGAUGUGUUCAGUUUGCGAUUAUGGUUAUGUCCAUAUGUAUAUGUGAUUGCAUGUCUAGGCAUCUAUGCGUGUGUGUCUGCUAGUGACUGUUUUUAAAUCAGUGAGAGUGUGUGUCUGUCAUUGAGAUUGUCUGUCAGUGUGUGUAUGUGUCUGUAAGAGUGUAUUUGUGUGUCUGUAAGCGUUUGUGUUUGCCAGUAAGUGUUUCAAAUGUGUGAGAUUGUGUAUCUGUCAUUGAGAGUGUCAAUGUGUCUGUCUGAGUAUGUUUCUGUCAGCGUGUGUAAAAUCAGUGAGUGUGUCUCUCAAUGAGAGCGUGUGACUGUCAAUGAGUGAGUGUCUAGAUGGAGAAUUGGAGUUGUUGCAAAGGGGAGGAGUUAGUAAGAUGACCACACCAACCUGGGGGUGCCAAAAAAAAAAUUCUGCACCCAAGCAUCUGUGACCCAAGGUUCAGCCUGCACUGACACAUACACACACGCUGACACACAGAUACACACUCUGAUACACACAAACACACUGACACAUACAAUCAUUCUGACACACAGAUACACACACUGAUACACACACUGGCACAAACAAACACACACAUAGAUACAUACACACAUAUAUGUCUAAAUUUUUAUAGUUUAACCACCCUCCUGUUAACAUACCUUUUAUGUGCAGUAAGGUGGCUUGCCUGUGGUCCUGCUGCUGGCUGGGUCUGAUUGGGAGUGUUUGUCUGAAGCUGGGUCUCUCCUUGCUUCUUCCCUUUCUUUUGUGCUGCCUCCUUCUUCUCCUCCUGAGCCUCAUCUCCCUCCCAUGCGACUGUUCUUGUAGCUAGGAGGAAGUGAUCUGAACUCACUACCAUCCAGGUUGCCAAUACUACAGAGGCCCAGUGGCGCUGUUAAAGGAAGCCUGACUGGGCUUCUGGUCAGCAAUAUCCAUCAAGUUGCCCUAAAUGCAUGAGCCACUCGAUAGGCCCACAAGUGUGCGGGCCCUGGUGCUGCUGCAUGGUGCCUAUUUAUAUGCUAAUAUCUAAAUGGUUGUUUUUAUGGAAGUGCUUACUCGAUUGAGUAUCACAGAAGAGGUAAUAUGGAACAUUCUCCUUCUUUGCAGUUCUAUAUCCAGGGUGAUGCAAUUGCCCCAUGAUGCAGUGGGAAACAUACUCUUGGACAUCUGAAAUGCCAUUCAAGUAGAUGCACGCUCAAGCAUUUUUUGCAAAGAACCUUAUAAGCUCAUGAACCUUUAUGGCGCUAACAUACAUGGCAUGGGACUUAAAUUUGUUUUAGUACAAAAUACAUAGAACAAUCGGGUUGUGGCAGGACAGGUAACCAGGUAUAUACAAAUAUACAGAGAACAAUAUAUUUAGUCUGUUUUGUUUUUAUCUUCAGCUACAAAACAAUCAAUCAUAAUGAAUACAAAAGUUCAAGUACGGGCUAUCAGGAUGUGUCAGGAUACACUUGGCACAUUGUAUAUUAGCAUUAAUCGUUGUUGUUUUUUUUUUUCCAUAAUCUUUUUGAUGAGCAAUUUAAGUGUAUUACAGGUUGAGUUAUGACAAGCAGAAACAAUUACGUAGUACUGAAAAACCUAAUAAAGCAGAAGUAGCAAAAUAAAGCUAACAAAGUUUUUGACUUUGAUUUAUCAAUUGUAGGAACAUAUGCUACUUAUAAGUUGUUAGAAAUGUCCACAGUUUAUCUUCAGCCAUUAAAUAAUCAACCAUUGCACUGUCACCCUUUCCCUCAUUCCCCCUGAAAAAAUUAGUAUUUCAAAGAGAUAGAAUCUUUAUGAAAUACAACAUUUUGACUGUGUUGGAAUUUCACUGAAAUUGCUACCCCGUCAAGAGAUACAAAGAGACAAAGUUUGGGCUAUAUAUUUCUACUGCUUGACUCUUGGCGGGCCUUGCUUUAGUAUCAAUCCUGUCAGCCAUCCCCAGUGAUGGCUGCAAGGAAUUGGUUUGUCUAUAAUGGAUCCAGCGGUCUCACGGGAUCCUCUAUAAACCUCAAUGCUGUACUCUCAAUGCUGUACACUCUGAACAGGACCCACCAGAACAAGAUGGCCACACCCACAAGGGACACAUUCAGGUAAUUAAAUCUCACCUUUACCUGUCACCCCCUGGCCACAAGUCUUUGCAAACUCGGCAGCUUUAAUGGUAAAGUAUCAUUGCUGUACUAGUAUUGACUAUUCCAGUUUAAUGAAGGGACUCUGACAAUGUUAUUUACAACAAUUAAAUUUCCAAGUGGAUUUCAAAGUCGACAAUUUUUCUUCAUUUUGGCUAUUUUGAUCUUAAAGGGACACUAUAGUCACCAGAACCACUACAACUUAAUGCAGUGGUUCUGGAGUCUAUAGCAAGUCCUUGCAGAGAAAAGGCGGUGUUUACAUUACUGCCUAGUAACACCUUUACUGUCAGUCACUCAGACGACCACUAGAGAUGCUACCUAGUUGCAGCACCUAAGUUCAGUAUCUCCACGCUCUGCAUGGAGAUGCUGAAGCCCCCUGUAGAGAUACAGUUAUUCAAUGAAUUUCAAUGAGAAGAUGCUGAUUGGUGCAGUGCAGCAUUUACCGCGCAUGUGUAAUAGCCUGCAAAUGCUUUGCUAUGGAAAAUUGAUGGUCUCAGCCAUGGAGGAAGGGCUAGCCAUGACGAGAUAUGAGCAGUGAUAGAAAAAAAAGGUAAAUAAGCUACCUUAAGCUACCCCCCACAGAGAGGGAGGCAGGGACCUAAUUAUUUACUCCAGCACUAUAAUGUUAGAAAAACAUGUUUGCAUCCCAAACACUAAAGUGCUCCUAUAAUUUGUUAGUAAUGACAGUAGGCUUGCAAGAAUAUCAAUAUCUCCCUUAUAAAAAGUGAGACACAGCAAGAAAGGAAAAUAAGGCAAAAUAAUAUAAAAAUGUUAACUGUUACCAAAAUCGAAAUAUGGGGUAGGUGUAGAAGUAUGAUCCUGGACGCCCCAGAAAUAGGUGUUGUACUCCAAACACACCAUCAACUAUGGCUAGUUUACCGUAGCUUGUUUUUACAAGAAUACUGUGGUUAAUAGCCAUCUGAAAUAUUGUGUGAGCUCCGAGGAAUCUAUUUCUCCUGGCAUGACCUGGUUCCAUACAUUUUACUUUUGUGCCUGUCACCCAUGCCAUCUACCUGAUCAGCAAAGGAUGUAUGAAUUUGUUCAAGCUCUGUGGUAAAGACUUCUAGCAAGGUGAAAGACCCCAAGUGUCUUCAUCCUCUGCUACUGGUUAUCAUCCAGUGCAUCUAGAGCUUGGUUUUCAGAGAAAGCCAUAUUCUUUUUGGCACACAGGCUCUAGAUGUUUUUGCAGUACAGAGAAAUACAUCUCCAAUAUUUUGGAUACUGUCUGUUUGGAUACUGUCCUUGGCAUCUCUGUUUCUUCACCAUGCGUAAGGAAAAGUGUUUCUUUAAUUUGUGGGAGAUUCAGUAAAUUUUGCAAUGUUAUAGCAGCUAUCUGUCUCAGAGCCCUAUAGAAGCAUCCUUCUGUAAAGGUUACUCUCUAUAACUCUUACACUUUGAAUGUUACUCAACUCUGUUUACUUAUUGUGAAUUAGAGAUUAAUUAAGCUCCCAUACUUUAAACUUGAACCAUGUUUUGUGUUUAUUUGCAAAUGAAGACAAAUGUAAAAUACUAAUAAUUACUUUCUAAAUUAUGUUUUUGUAGGUCAGAGGAUGAGAUUAAAACCUUCAUGCAAUUUAUGGACUCAGUUUGGAGUAUAUGUGGAAAAGAUGUAAUUACAGCUUUUGACCUCUCCAUGUUUCAUAAAGUUUACGAUUUAGGAGGUAACAUAGUAUAA